AUGGGCAACUCGCAAUCUAACCCCAACAAUGAUGAAUCCCGCCGCGCCAACCGGCUGUCCAAACCUCUUACUCAGAAACUCAACAUCGAUCCCAGCUCGACGCCUCAUCUGCAUCCCCCGGGUAACCCUCCCGAGCUCGCGACGGGGUUGAUCGGAUGGCAGAAUCCGUGGGUGGCUUCCCAUAUUUCUCAUGCUUCGUCGGGGACCAGGACUAGCUAUUAUCCUAAGCCCCGCGACAUUCCCCCCACGGUCUUUGAAGCAGAGGAUAUUCCGGAGAUUCCUGAACUUCCGGAACGUUCUAAGAAGAACGACAAGGAGCCUCGGGACCUUGCUGUGUUUGCGCAGAAUUUCGAUCAGCACCCAUUUGGGGCCCGCCCUACCUAUCGAUCAAGCCCGCCUUUCAACCGGAGAGAUUCCUAUCAGCCAGAGGCUACCAAUGUCCCUUCGGAGCCGGAGCCAGAACAGCCGAGGCGUCCCAAUUCAAUCCAGACUCCUCUUCCCCGGCACCGAAGUGUGAUCUACGACAGCAAGAUUGAGGAUGUAUCCUCAUCCAACACUCACUUCUUGGUUGACAACCAGCGAUUCUCGCUGACUCGACGGCGCUCUCUGUUGACACGACCUGGUGUCGCUACAAGACGCACGACGAGCGCCAUUCGGCGGAUGCCAUCAACCAUCGGGGAGCCGGAGAGUCCUGAAGAGAUAGAGGCCAACGUGAUGCAGUGGCCAUUGCCGGCUCGUCAACGGCCGCCGCUGCCCAUCCCACCUCCGGCCCGACCCACAAGCCCAAUGGACUCUCGGUAUACUCAACUUGGAGCACUUAAACUGGGAUCGCUGCGGGUUGUCAACGGCUCGUCACCCUGCCCGAGCGAACGCAUUCCUCUGACUCGACCGUACACAACGGGCCCUGGACUUGGCCUGGAUCAUGUGGAGACUACGGACGCGAGAGGAUCCGCGCUGAGGAUCCGGCCUCUGGCGGACGUCAAGAAAGCGGACGACACCCCGGGCAGUCCCUUUUCAUUCGAGAAAUCGCCCACAAUUACGGUUCAGUCACGAUCGAAGACCGCGUUUCCGGGAGAGCAUGAGGAUGAGGGAAUUGCCAUGUGUGAUGAGGUGAAGACCUCUGAGAGUGCGAACAUCCCGCUAGAGAAGACCACUACAGAGUCGAGCAUCAGUCAAAAGACCACUCAGUCGCUGAACAAAUCGGACAGCGGGUACAGCUCCGCGGCUUCGAUUGGCUCUCAGCAGCGUAGUCGAACCCGAGAGUCCAUUGAUUCCCAGACAUCCGUCUCCUGUGGCGCAGACAGCUCCAAGAACGUGCCGGUGUCCAAUUCUCAGAGCCCUGACCGAGAAUCUCGGGUACAACGCCGCCUGAGUCUCCAGGAAGUCCACGCGAGGAACUCCUCCCGACCACAGCUCGCUUCUUCAUCGCGUGAUGAUCCCACUCGCUCCAUGAUUGAACCCGCAAAUGGACUACGCGGACGACGAUCUACUGUUUGCGGUCCCCGCUCUAUGGAGGACCGUCGACCGUACAACAAUGCCUCUGUCUUUCCUAAUGCUCCCACGGGGCCGACCCGAGGGCCAUUGUAUGGAGACUGGUGUCCCAUCAAUCCUUUCGAGGCUGGCUACGGGCCUGGUUCAUCACCCCCGGUCCCAGAGAGACACCGCCACCAUCAGCUUCCCAUGAACCGGUCACAUCGCGCUCUCUCCGAGCACAACCAUGUCCAUGGAGAAACCGAUGCUUGGGACUCCCGAUCCCGGAGCCGGAGCAGUCGAACAUGGUCUCAGAAGCCGGGGAUUGACGUUCCCCCGCUCCCGACCAUCCUAUCCCCCGGCCACGGGCAGUUCCCCGAGGAUAUGGAGAUAGAGGUGCCCGAGUCGUAUCGAGGCCGGCCUCGAAGCCGGAGCCAUGACUAUCGCCGGCGGAAGUUGAUGAAGGCCCGUCCGUCGGAUCUCCAUAUGACGACGUCACCUUUUGUGCUGCACUGA